GGAGGAGAAUUUAUUUUCAAGGUCGCCAGUAGCUGACCUUUCGAGAUGGUUCCUAGUGUGAUGUAACAUGUACUGAAAAGAUACUGACAUCGUUCCACAACAUUACGCUGUCAGACUAAUUGUCGAUUCACACAGAACCAGGCUGCUUGUGUGGCACAAAAUUUGUCCCUGAUCUGCUACAUAUUGGAAAAUAAUGUCGUCAACACAGAUACGAAACUACGUGGCGGAACUUUCUAAUUCAAAGGAUCAAUUCAACACUCUUUCUAGUCAGUCCAGUGAGAAGCUUAAAAAGAUUAUACAGACUGUCCAAUCUUAUCAAACACGUAUGGAGCCGUUAAACAAAAAUAUGGAACAACUUCAGAUUUUACAACGAAAUUUAGAGUCCUGUCGAUUAAAGUUAAGUCAAGUGCAAGAGUAUUACCGCACCGGUCGUGAAUUGGAAAAUACUAUCAGACAAGGACCAACAGUUUAUACUGAUAAAUUUUUAAAGGCUAUGGAACGUAUUAAAGAUGCAUUGGCUUAUUUUCAAGAGAAUAAUCCACAAGAUGUUGAAUUUAGUCGAUUGACAUCGUUGUAUUCAAUUGGUUUAGGAAGCUUGGAACGUGAAUUUGAUGGUUUAUUAAGACAAACUUUCUGUCCUAUGGGUGAUGCUAUUUUAAUAAGAUUAAUGGAUCAAAAAGUCUCUGACAAAGAAUCAGGGGAUGGUUCAAUAACUGAAGAUACAGAACAAAUAGAGGAUAUCCCAAAUAAUAUGUUGAAUAGUUUACGUUUUCUUGCUAAAUGGAUGAGUGAAAAUCAAUCAUUUGUAAACAAACCACAAAGUAUAUCACAAGGAUGUUUGGCAAAAUAUUGUGAAUGCCGUCGUGAACUUAUCCGUCUAAAUUUAGUAAGAGUACGAGAAUUAUUAAGAAAAGCUGAAAAUCCAUCACCAUCAUCUGGCACAGUAUCUAAACCAGGAUUUCUGCCGCCAAACGUACGUGGUCGCACUAAACGCCUCCCUGGAUUCGUUUGGGAUAUAAGUGCUGUUCGACUUAUCAAUGAAACAGAAACCGAUGAACUUGAUUCUGAACAUUAUGCUAUCGCUCUAGGUGUUCUCGUCAAAUUAAUGCAAAAUGAAUGUAUUUUGUUGGAUCGUUUACAGUUAACUGCUAGCCCACAAGAUUCUCAAGUGUUAUUGUUCAAUAUAUUUAAAAAGGGGUCAUCUGAUAUCUUAACUGAAGGGACAUGUAUUGAUAAUGUAUUAAUUGAUUUUAAUCAAUUAGUUCUUCGUUUAUUAAGUCAAAGUAAAAUAACACUAGAAACUUAUGUACAAUUUUUGCAACAAGUUACAGAAAAAUCCAGUUCAAAUAGUAAUGUUGUACCUGAAGAUGGAACAAUACAUGAACUUACAACUAAUGCAUUGAUGUAUUUAGAAAACUUGUUAGAAUUCGCUGAUAUUAUUGGUACUACUUUGUCACUUACUGAAGCUGGUCCACAAACUACUACUAACACACUUAAAUAUCUUACCGCUAUUGGCCAAAAUCAUGCCUUUUUAGAAAAUAAAUUUGGAAAAUAUUUAUUUAAUGCCAUAUUCGCUCUCAUGACAAAUUUGGAACGUAAAUCAGAAGUUUAUUCUGAAGAGAUACGCCGAAUGAUUUUCCAAAUGAAUAAUAUUCAAUACAUAUUGAAAAGUAUUUAUAAGACGAAUAUUCAUCGUUAUCUUUUAUCACAAGAUCGUGAAGCUGUCGCCAAGAUUACCAGUAUAUUGGAUGAACGUAAAUUUUUUAUACGCGAUGGUGUGCACGCAUGCUUUCAUUACCAGAUGGUAAUAUUUUAAAUCGUAUUACUGGUAUGAUUAAUCGUUCUUCUAUAGAUCAAAAGGAGAGAUCUUUCCUAAAAUCUCUUUGGAAUGAUUUUAAUAAUGGAUUGAAUACUUUAACUAAACAACAUCAUCUUAUAUCAAUACCUGAUCGAGAAUUGAAAAAUAGUUUAGAGCAUCAAUUAGUACGAGAUCUAGUUGUUUUAUAUCGUGGUUUCUGGGAAAAAUCAAUGUCUAUCGCAUUCACAACAAAUCAUGAUAAAUAUAUUAAAUUAUCCGUUGAAGAAUUUGAAAUUCGAAUACGACAUUUAUUUAAUGGAACAUCAACUAACAGUACACGUCAAUUUUUAAACAAAUAACAAAUAAGACAAUAAUCUUCAUACCAUUAUUGUCGUUGAUUCCUUUGCAAUUUUUUCUCCACAAAAUAUAAAACUGAAUUCUCUGUUUUCAUUUUUUUCUCUUUUUUCCUUUGUUUUGUAAUAAAUAAUUUGAAAACUUACAUUGAUACCGUACAACCAUUAAACGCUUAGUCAAAUACAUAACGUUAUUGUGCCUUUUUUUGUGUUAUAUAUCUUUACAACUUGUAUGCAUGUGGAUAAGAGACUUCUAUUUUUAAGCCUAAUGUACUUUUUUCCCAUUUUAUGGUGGUAUCAAAUAUUAUGAAGUAUUGAUUGUGUAUGAGUUUUUUUUUCGUAUUACGUUUUAUAUCCUGUAAAAAGUACUUGAACAACACAACGCUUUUG